UCUCGAGGCGGAGACGGACGGCAGGGCAACGGCCCACGCUCGUGCACCGGGUGCGGGGAGUCCACGCGCUUGCUGCUCCAAGGGAGGCGCUCCAUCGGCUACGGGGCAGCAACAAGACACGAUAGGAGGAGAGAGAAGAAAGAAUCAAAGAAGAAGACGGCCCCGCUCGCUCGCUCGGUCACGCACGCACGCCUUCGCUUCUUCCUUCUUUCUCCUUCGCUUCCUCUCUCUUCUCUCUCUCGCGCGCACCUUUCUGUGCUCGUUUCUUUCAUUCCUUGCGUGCUCUGGCGCGCGCAAGAAUGAAAAGGCGCCACCAGCGGCGGGUGGGCAUGUAACCGACCGCGCUGUGAUCUCAAAAGAGAGCGAGGGACAAGAAGGCGAGCCGGUCUUGGCGUCAAUCUUUGCGAAUCCGCGCGGGAUUCUUUCUUUUCCUUGUUGCUUUCCUGCGCAGGGGAAGUGGUUUGAUUUGCCAAGAAUUUGGGUGGAAAGGAAGGCGUUGGUCUGGGGGCAUGGACGAGGCGGAGGAGAUGCAGGUGGAGAGGCUGCACGAGGAGGUGGAGGCGGGAGGCGCCGACACGGACAAGCUCAGCUACGAGAUAUUCUCGAUUCUGGAGAGCAAGUUCUUGUUCGGGUACACCGAUCCGCACCAGCUGUGGGUGCCCAAGGCGCCGGCGCAGGCGUCGGCGGGGACGGCUAUGCCUGGGAAGGCGGCGCAGCGGGGCAAGGUCUGCGUGCUGUGCGUGGACGGCGGUGGGGGCGGGCUGCGGGCGCUGCUCGCCGGCCGCGCGCUGGCGCACCUGGAGGCCACGCUCCGGCGCGCGUCGGGGGACCCUGACGCCCGCGUCGCGGAUUACUUUGACCUCGUCGCGGGGACUGGCGCGGGCGGUGUGUUUGCCGCGAUGCUGUUCUCGGCGCACACCCGUGGCGCGCCGCUGUUCCACGCGGACGACACAUGGCGGCUCGUGGCGGACCACGCGCCCCGCCUGUUCCGCCCGCCCGCGAGCUCUACGUCCCUCUUCUGCCGCGGCAAGAAGCGGCCCUUGGCCGCGUCGACGGCGGCGCUGGAGGUGGCCAUGAAGGCGGCGUUCGGCGAGGAGCUCACCCUGCGGGACACCAUCAAGCCAGUGCUCAUCUCCUGCUACGACCUCAAGACGUCCGCGCCGCUGGUGUUCUCGCGCGCCGACGCCCUGGAGAACGAGAGCUACGACUUCCGCCUCUGGCAGGUCGGCCGCGCGGCGUGGUCGGAGGCCGGCCGCUUCGAGCCUGCCGAGGUGGCGUCGGUCGACGGUGCCACGUCGUGCGCCGCAGUGGACGGCGGGCCCACCAUGGGCAGCCCGGCCGCGGCCGCCAUCACGCACGUGCUCCACAACAGGCACGAGUUCCCAUUUGUGCGCGGCGUCGAGGACCUCCUCGUGCUCUCCAUCGGCGGCUGCUCCGGCGGAGGCUGCGGGGCUGCUGCCGACGCGGACCUCCGGCGCAUGCGCCGGUGGGGUCCCAAUGAGUGGGCGCGCCCCAUCUCCCGCAUUGCCGCUGACGGCGCCGCGGGACUCGUCGACCACGCCGUGGCGCGCGCCUUCGGGCAAUGCCGUUCGUCCAACUACCUGCGCAUCCAGGCGGAGCGGGAGAGCAUGCCACCAUGCGGUCCGGACGGGGAGUACGACCCGACCCCGGGGAACGUGCGCGCGCUGCUCGCGGCGGCGGACGAGAUGCUGAAGCAGCGGAACGUCGAGUCGGUGCUCUUCGAGGGGAGGCGGAUCGGGGAGCAGACGAACGCGGAGAAGCUGGACUGGUUCGCGGCCGAACUGGUGGCCGAGCACCGCAGCAGGGGCUCCCGGAUCGCGCCCACCGUCGCGUUCAAGCAGGCGCCGCAGAAGCCGUCGGCGCUGGGCUGAGCUUGUGAACCGUAGACCGUGGCGUAUGGAACAUGUAGACCUCUCUUUCUUCCUGCUUUGGCUUGGCCGGAAUCCUGCUGCAUUUUUUUCGUGGCAGUGGUGGCCUGUCAUUUCUCCCGUUCCGAAGCAUUUGCCGCUGUGAAAUUCGAUGGGGGAAAUAUGAAAGGAACAUUUGCGAUGUAUAUUUGAUCUUCAGUUAAACUCAGGAGAGAAAUAUAGUUUUCUUUGCGCAGAA